UGUGUGUGACCAUCGCGAGAUGUGGUCGCAAAUAGUGUUGGUCACCGUGGCGCUGGUCGCUGUACGCGCAGGAUGUGACAAGGCGCCUGCAGAUUUUUUUGAGGCCUUUUUACCUGCUUGCUUUGUGCCUCAUGCAAGCGUGAGGUCUCUUGACGGCAUGGUCGGUCGCCCCGUUCGCAGUCUCCGAAGCUCGCCUCUGGUUCAAUGUCCCGAAAGGGAAUCGAAUAGAGGUCGUCUCGGUGCAAAGCCCAUACACGUGGCACCGACCCAAAAACCUGACGAUGGCCCAGUGACGACGUCUCCUUCGGGCACUUUCCGAGGGUCGUGGAUGAGCACCCGGCGCGGCAGACAGUUCCAGGCGUACCGUGGGAUCAGGUACGCGGAGCCGCCCAUUGGACAGCUAAGAUUCCAGCCUCCAAAAGACAUGGUGCGUUAUAAAGAUGUGGUGGACGCGAGUAAGGAAGGCCCAGCGUGUCCCCUGCCCAUCCAGUGGUCCGGGCCAGAGUACUACGUCGAUGAGGACUGCCUAACCAUAAAUGUGUACACGCCUAGUAACAAAGUAGAUAAGCCCCUGCCGGUGAUCUUCUUCAUCCACGCCGGUGGUUUCUACUCGAUGACGGGCCGCAGUGACUUAGCCGGUCCCCACUACCUAUUGGACAGGGACGUCGUGUUCGUCGCCAUCAAUUAUCGACUUGCUUCUUUAGGUUUCCUUAGUGCUGGUGAUAAAUACGCGCCAGGCAACAACGGCUUCAAAGACCAGGUGUCCGCGCUCCGAUGGGUGCAGAGGAACAUCGCAGCGUUUGGAGGCGACCCCAACCUCGUCACUAUCACUGGCUGCAGCGCUGGCUCCAUCAGUGUCAUGCUGCAUAUGAUAUCACCCAUGUCUAAAGGUCUCUUCCACAGGGGUAUAUCAAUGAGUGCCUCUCCAGUCUCCAAGGCGCCUACACCCAAACAUCAGUUCCAUCUUGCCAAACAACAGGCUGAGAUUCUCAACUGCCCCACUAAUAGCACUAAAGCUAUCUUAGACUGCCUGAACACUAAGACUUGGAGGGAACUUGGAAACUCACUCACAGGGUUCUUUGACAGCGCCGGAGACCCUAUUGGUCUGUGGGGCGCGGUGGUGGAGCAGGAUUUCGGUCAGGAGCGGUUCCUUACCAUGCAGCCGCUGGACGCCAUCCGCCAGGGGAAGAUGCACACUGUCCCCUACAUCAUCAGCCAGACCAAGCACGAGUUCUUUUGGAAAGCGUACUCCAUCCUGCAGAACCAAACCCUGACCGACAGAAUGAACUCGCAAUUCGAGCAAGCUGCUCCAUUCUCUUUCCUACUGCCAGAGGAAAACAUCCAGACGGUCGCGAAGACAUUAAAGGAGAAGUACCUCCAGAACAAACCGCUGGUCAACGAUGAAGCCAGCGCUAAAAACCUCGGGACACUGUAUGGAGACUCUGUUGUUGGAUUUGGGGUGCACAGAUUGGCAAACCUGAUGUGCCUCCAUUCAAAGCACCCUGUGUACUACUACCAGUUCAGCUACAUUGGCAACAACAGCCACUACCAGGACCCGAAGACUGGAAAACCGUUAGGUGCUGCUCACCACGACGACAUGAUCUACGUGUUCUCUCUCAGCUACCAAUUCCCUCUGAUUGAGCCCUCCAGCCCCACUCCUCACAAGGUGGACGAGUUGACUGCCAUCUGGUACAACUUCGCCAGAUACGGGGACCCUAACCCGCGACCUGACACGCCCGAGCUGGGCUCAUUAUCCUGGCCGGUCAUGAAGCCUGACCAGAGGAAGUAUUUGGACUUUGGAGACAAGCUGACGAUCCAGGAGAACAUGUCUGAAGACCGAUUUAAAAUAUGGGAGGAACUUUAUCCCAUCAUAUAUUAAAUAGGUUUUUUUAAAUGCGACUUUUUUUUUAUAAAUUAUGAUUGUGUGAUAAUAUUGUGGUAAUUAAAUAAAUAAUUUAAUCUGAAA